GAAGUCAAAGCCAGUUUAACAGAGGGUGUGUUCUGCAUCCACCUGGACAAGCGACGUUUGGAUUUCCUUUUUCUCGUUGUUUGUCAAACAGAUGCGCAACUUUUAUACAAGACAAGGAAGGAGAUACAUCGUAACAAGGCAAAACGGAUCAGAUUGCUGGGAUCAACACUUGGCUGUCACUUUCAGUGAAAGGAAUCUGGAUUCAAGGAUGUUGCUGGAGCUCUGAACAGCUGUGAACAGCAAAGAUGAGUGUGACAUCAUGGUUCCUGGUGAGCAGCUCAGGGACACGGCACCGGUUACCGCGGGAGAUGAUCUUCGUGGGCCGGGAUGACUGCGAGCUUAUGCUGCAGUCCCGCAGUGUGGACAAACAGCACGCUGUCAUUAACUAUGACCCUGCCACAGACGAGCACCUGGUGAAGGACCUGGGCAGCCUUAAUGGGACGUUUGUCAACGACCUCCGAAUCCCAGACCAAACCUACAUCACGCUCAAGCUCUCCGACAUCAUCCGAUUUGGAUAUGAUGCCCACGUGUACAUCCUGGAGAGGAGCCAGCACAAGGUACCAGAGGAGGCCCUCAAGCAUGAGAAGUACACCAGCCAGCUGCAGAUGGGUGUGAAGACGUCCGAUUCCAAGAAGCGGGAGCACGGGGAGGAGAAGAGCAGAGCCGCGGUGUCUCCCAGCUCUAAGCAGGACAAGAGUGAGCGCAAGUCCACGCCAGAUGCCCCUGUGUCCAGACCCACUCCUCUGUAUGGGCAGCCUUCAUGGUGGGGAGAUGAUGACGAGGAGCACAUGGACCCGUCUGGCAAAGCCGACACCAAGGAGCUGGGGCUCAACGGCUGCCACGGCGACGACCCGUCCAAGCCCGUCUACUCGUUACGCCGGGAGCCCAGCUACUUCGAGAUCCCCACCAAGGAGGUCCCGCAGCCGGCCGGCCGACCCAAGACGUCCGAGCCGCCGCAGCCACCGCAGCUCCAGGAGAUCCCCACCAAGGACACGGACGCCCAGGUGUCCAGCCUGCCCAUCCCCAUCCCGGCCACGCAGCCCGAGACGCCACCCGUGGUGCAGAGCCACGCGUCCUUCACCAUCGAGUUCGACGACUGCGAGCCGGGCAAGAUCAUGAUCAAGGACCACGUGACCAAGUUCUCCUUUCGCCAGCGGCGCCGCGAGUCGUCGGGCGGAGGCGGGGAGUCGGCGGCGUCGGCCACGGCCACGCCCCUGGAGGAGAUGUCGGCGGAGAGCAAGGUCGCCGAUUGGCUGGUGCAGAGCGACGUCGGCAUGAUGAGGAGGAAGUCGCGCACGGAUGACCUGUACAGCACCAAGAGUGACCUGCCCAUUAACAACAAGACGCUCAACGAUCACCAGCAUGAAGAUGGGACUCAGAGUGAUUCUGAGGAUCCUGUUGUGAAGGAAAAGCAUCGUCUGCACUCUCAGUCACCGGCCUCAACCCAGCGGUCACCUCAGCAGCCGCGGCAGCACUCGCCCUCUGACCUGUCCAGCGCACGCUCUUUCACCCCGCCCUCUAUCGAGCCCCCGCUCACCUCCUCCACCCCGGCGCUGUCCUCUCCGCCCCAGAGCCAGGCGCGGGGCGACCCCCAGCAGGCCUUCGUCAUCGAGUUCUUUGACGACAACAACGCGCGCAAGAAGCGCUCGCACUCCUUCAGCAACAACAUGGGCCCGGGCGAGGCCAACGCCGUGCUGAAGAGCCGCCUGGAGAAGAAGAAGAGCGCCGCCCUGUUGGGUGAGAGAGGUACUGCGGCUCAGGGCUCCAACCCGCCAACGCAGCAGUUCACCGUCCCCCUCAAGGGCUCCUCGUCGGGGGGCUCCUCGGGGGGCUUCUACAGGGCAGGCUCCCUGCGGCGGGAGAAGACGGACGUGCGCCUCGGCUCCAACUCCAACUUCUCCUCGCGCUCGGCCUCGUCGCGACCCUUUGGCAGCGUGGGCCGGCGCUCCAAGCUGGCGCAGGACUUUGCCAACGAGUUCCUCCGCCAGUCCCGUCCUCCGUCAGCCACCGCUGCCCCUGCCCCUUCUUCAUCCUCCUCCUCCUCCUCACCCUCACCAUCCACCGCCACCUCCGCUGCCUCCACACAUGCCCCUCUCCAGCGGAGCAUCCCAGUCUCCCGCUCCCACGCCUCCUCAGCCCCCCAGCAGUCCUCUGUGCCUACCAAAGGGCCCUCGAUGUCCCUGAAGGGGUCGGCCCCCGAGCCCAAGGCCCCCAGAGCCUUCAGGAACGAGGAGGAGGACAGCCUGAGUGACGCCGGUACCUACACCAUAGAGGGAGACAUCCAGGACAAGGAGGUGGAGGAGGCCCGGAGCAGGAUCGAUAAGGUGUUUGGUGUUGUGGAGAGUCCUGACUCCAGCACCCAGCCCAGCCCCGAGGCCUUUAGGCCCGAGCUCUCGGGCAGGAGACGCAGCAGCAGGGAGGCCCAGUCUAGCAGCCUCUCUCAUAGUGACAGUAGCUCUUCUGCCCCUGCCCAGGGCAAUUACUCAGCAGGCUUUAGCCAGUCGCAGGGCCAAUUGGACUCCUCUGGGGGACCCAGGUGGGUGUCCAGGUGGGCCAGUCUGGCUGACAGCUACUCCGACUCCAACCCAGUGACGGGCCUCUUCGACAUCCCGGCUCAGAUGGACCUUUCAAGCUCUGGUGGCGUGCGGAUCAUCCACCAGGCCAUGCUGAACCGGAGCCUUGAGGCGUCCGAGUCCGAGGGCCCGCGCUCACGCCGCGUCCUCCCCCAGGUGCCCUCGCAGGACAAGGCCGACGCCACGCCGCCCAGCAUCCACAUCCAGCCUGACCCCUACGGCACCUACGAUGUCAAAGGGCGGAGGUCAAAGAGCCCUCGUCAGAAGGAGGACGUCCAGCGGCUCAGCGUGCAGGACGACCUGGACCCGGACAGCCUGAGCGACGCCAGCAAGUCGGACGACAGCUCGGUGGUCGAGCAGGGCAGGAGGUCCAGCUCGGGGAGGUCCGGCGGCAAGAGCUGGACCCGGAGCCGGUCGGACACCUUGGACGUGUCGGCGGCCAAGUCCUCGUCCUUGUGCGUGAGCUCCGAGGACAGCCUGUCCAAGGCCGAGCGGGAGCAGGAGGAGCGGCCCAAGUUCUCCAGCGCCACCAUGACCAGGCACCGCCCCGCCAGCGCCACGGGCACCACCACCUCUCCGCCCAGCCUGGACUGCCAGGAUCGAGCGGGCAGCGCCAACCGGAGCGAGGGUGGCACCUCCCCGUCCUUCUCCCGGCAGGAGAGCUACACCAAGAGCCAGGCCGCAGACGACGGUCAGCAGAAGAGACUGCCCAACAUCUCCCCCAGCGCCUCUGCGGGCUUGUGCACCCAGGACACACACUCCUACCUGAAGGAGACGGAGAGCGUCCUCGCUGUGCUGGAGGCCAAGCUGCAGGUGCAGAGCUAUGGUCAGCCGCUGCCCGCUAGCGCCCCAGCCGGUGUGGAGGACUCGCUGUCCGGAGAGUCGGACGUGGACACGUCCAGCACAGUUAGCCAGCGGAGCAGCAAGAACUCCAGAGAGUCGCUCCCCGGGACCGGAAAGAAGUCCUCGUCCUCUACGGCCACAGGUAGCGUCCACAAGUCAAGGUCAUCUAAUCAGGUGGACCAGGACAGCACCCGCCCGAACUCGGCCCGCACUCGUCUCUACGAGAAGCGGCAGGUGAGUAUGGCUGACUCGUUGUCCUCGUCUGGUCGCGCCCGGACCAGCCUGCGCCACAGCGUGGGCAAACACGGCUCCAUGGACUUCAGCGACGACAACCUGCUCUCCGGUGGCGUGGGAGUGGGCACGCGCAACUGGUCCGACCCCAUGACCUCCGACCAGGAGUCCGGCUCUCGGACGUCCUUCCUGCGGAAGAAGAGCGCGGCCCCCCCGCAGAGGGAGGAGCCCCCCAGGAGCAGUCGUAGCGGCGGGGGGGGUGGAGGCGGUGCGGUGGCCCAGGCUCUGGGACGCUCCAACUCCCUCUCCGCCCCUCGGCCCACGCGAGCCUCCAUGCUGCGCCGCGCCCGCCUCGGAGACGCCUCCGACAACGAGGGCCCCGAGACCGAGCGCACCUGGCAGAGCGCCAACGAGUCCAGCGCACCGGCGGGCAUACGCGCCUCCCAGGAGGCCAAGCAGCAGCAGCAGCAGCAGCAGCAGCAGCAGCAGCAGCCGCGCCCGCUCUCACGGCUGGACCUCCUGGCACUGCCACGCAAGCGCACCAGCUCCUUCACCACGCCCAGCGACACCGAGGCCUCGGCCGGCCGCACCGGCUUCUCCAACCGCAGCUCCGAGUCCAGCACCUCCGCGCGCAAGGCCUCCGUGGCCCCCGACCUCAAGAGCGCGGCCAGGAAGGCAGCCGUGCAGGCGGCACACAAGCCCAUCAUCCGCGGACGCUCCAGCAGUGCCAAGUACGCCAGCAGCACAGCCAGCUCCCGGAGGCGUCAGAAGGGCUCCGACUACACCUCCACGUCUGAGGAGGAGUACGACUCCAACCACAGCACGCCUAAACACAAGCGCUCCCACCACACCUCAGGGUCCUCGGCCUCGGGGACGCCCCGCGGUCAGACGCCCGUGCUGGCCCGCGCCGGCGUGCGCGUACGCAGCCGGGAGUCGGGGGAGGAGAGCCACGGAGAGGGAGACGCCUUCCAGAACUGGAGCUCGCACAGCGCAGAGAUCGCCAGGCUCAGUCAGGACCUGGCCAAGGAUCUUGCCAUCUUGGCGCGGGAAAUCCAUGACGUGGCAGGAGAUGCGACGGAACAGCCGCAGGCGGACGCAGCCGGAGCGAUCUCCACCGGGCCAGUGCGAGAGGAGCUACGGCAUCACAUUCCAGACGCCAGCUUGAGCUUCCAGAAGAGUCCGUCUGCCUCAGGCUUGGCCAGACACCCGGAGCAGAUGCUCUACAGCCAAGAGAUGGCCUCCAAACAUCGGGGCAGAGCCCAAGAUGAGGUGGCUGGAGAAAAUCUCCUGCUGAAUCCUGUGUCUCAAGUCUCUCUGGCAAUACGGGAAAACACUGAACAGCUGACCGAGAAACUUAAGGUCCUGUUUCAGAACAAAGCAGACGUUUGGGAAGAGAUUGAGGCAAUCAAUUCAGACAAUGAUAUUCCUACUCACAAAACAGGCAACAAGGAAAUUGCAGCUAUUCUGAAAGAGCUGAGAAGAGUUCAGAGACAACUGGAAGUCAUCAACAACAUCAUUGAGCCGGAUGGCAAGGCUGAGCUGAGCCGCGGGUCCUCCAGCAGCACGCCCUCUCUGAUGGGGCUCAGGGGGGACAGGGUGCUCCUCAGAGACAAGAGGCCCAUCACCUCCCCACGCACCAGCGGAGGAGCAGGAGGAGGAGCAGGAGGUGGUGGGCCCCCACCUGCCAGACCCGGCAGCAGGAAGUCCGGGGCCGCCUCAGACGGAGAGAGCUUUGUGGUGUGAGGAGGAGGAGGAGGAAGAGGACGAGGACGACCCUGGAGGUCUCCGCACCAUGCACUCUCACUGGGACUGCUGCUGCACUGAUGGUGGGAGAGAGAGAACGAGUGAGUGAGUGAGUGAGUGAAUGAAUGAGAGAGUGAAUGAAAGAAUGAAUGAAGGAAUGAAUAAGUGAGAGAUGAGAGAAGUUAGUGCUCUGACAGUAGUCGGGAGACACAUUUGCACUUUGUCCAUGUUGUACCAGACUGACUGUCUUGCAGUACAAAGUGGCUUGUUUAGAGAGCCCACACUCGUUCUCUUCAUGUCAUUUGGCAUUUUAUCUUGUGUGUGUGGGGAGGGGUGUGUGUGUGUGUGUGGGUAAACAUGCCAACUACUGGGACACUUGCUAUCUGGUGACAUGGACACUCCAGUGCCAUGAAGUACCUCAGAUGAAAUUUGUCACUUUGACAUAUUGAAAUAUUUCAGUUUACUUGACUUUUUUGUGUAUAUAUUUUUGUAGAGCUAUACAGGUCCUGAUCUGGGGUUAAUAAAUGGUUUCCUUGUUGGGUUGAAUCACGUGCAGGUGUAAUACCUACAGUACAAUCAAGAGUUAUUUGUGAAGUUUCUCUUUUAUUUUGCGUUGGAAGUCAGUGGAAGUGGAUGGCUCAAAGUUACUCUGUUACUCAGAAUAAUUCAAUCUUUCCCCAGUUAUUCUGUCCACCACACAGCAAUGGGAGCAUUUUAGUGAGACUAUAGACAUUGUAUGUAAGUACAUUAAUGAAUCUAUGUCUCUGGGAGUCAAAAGCUAUAUAUUUAUAUAUUUAUAUAUAUAUAAUUAUAUUGAGGAGAGGGGAGGCAGGUGAACAUGCACUUUGAAGUUGUAAAUUGAUAUAAAGAAUGCUAAGUGCACUGAUGCUAUGUGCUGU